AUGGAUUCUAAUUUAGAACUUAAUAAGCUACUAGAAGAUAAUUCUAAGUACUUUAGAAAAGACUUCUUUAAAAGUAUAGAGCCUUCUAGUACUAUUAAACUAGAUCCUAGAUUCUUAGAGUAUUCGGAUACCUUAAAGGUCCUUAUAUGUUCUAAAUGCCUUACGACUUUAAGUCCUUUACCUAUAACUAUAAAAAAACAUCUAAAAAAAAAUCAUCUAAAGUACUAUAAAAGCUUAGCUAGUACUACUUUAUCUACUAAGCUUAAAGCUAUAAGUACUUUAGAAUAUACUACUUAUAAUAGUCUAUCUUUUAUAGAGCCUAAUAAGUACUACUUUCCUAGUUUAGAGCUAAAUCUAAACGGCUUUAAAUGUUUAGAAUGCUUUUAUACUAGUAUUAGUAAUAAUAUUAUUAGAAAGCAUAUUAAUAAAGAGCAUAAUAUUAUAGGAAAUAAAGGAAAAAAGUCUACCCCUUAUCUAAAAGAUAUACCUUUACUUAUAAUUAAGGGCUUAGAUAAAAGUACUAAGCUAAGCUUUAUACCUAAGUUACCUACUAAGGAUCUAAAGUAUAAAGAUACUAUAAAGUCUAGCUCUAAUAGCUCUAUAGCUUCUAAUAGCACUAAGUCUAAGUCUAUAGAUUUAAGCCUAGAAUUAGAAGACUUUAAUAGUACUAUUAAUAAUCUUACUACUACUAGCUUUAGUAAUAGAGUUAUUAGUAAUAAGGAACUAAGUUUCUUUAUAAAGCUAACUAGAUAUAAUAAGUAUCUAGAAGAUAAGGAUACUUCUAUAUUAUUAGAGCUUAUAAACUUAGAUCUAUUAAAAGAAACUUAG